AGUGCGCACACACUUCCUGAUGGAGCUGCUGCUGCGGAGAAUAAAAAUACACUCCCAGCAAGUCAGCUAGACGAGUUCAGAAAAAGUUAUGUCUGGCUGUCAAGUUGAUGUAGAAAGACUGUUUUUAAAGCAUGGAUGUUACUCCACGUCUGUCCGUCCAUGAGUAGAAGGAAACUCCCCCAGAGAGCCGGAGCCGGAAGUCAACAAGAAGGGUUGGAUUGUUGAAGCUAACGGUAGCUAGCGUUAGCAUCCAGGCCAGCUAACGAAAGCUAGCUGGAAAAAACACUGAAAGGCCUUUUGUAGAUUGUCAAUACCUGUGCUUAUGUAAACUACUAGCUGACGUUGGCUAGUAAUGUCUCUGUCGUUACCACCCGCCGAUAUACUCGAAACACCACCUGGAUAUCCAUUUGAAGAAAUCAACUAUGAGGAUAUUGAAGUUGAAGAGGUGGUGGGGAGAGGAGCCUUCGGGGUUGUUUGCAAAGCCAAAUGGAAAGGCAAAGAUGUGGCGAUCAAGACCAUCGAGAGUGAGUCGGAGAGGAAAGCCUUCAUAGUUGAGCUCCGGCAGCUUUCACGAGUCAAUCACCCCAACAUUGUGAAGUUGUACGGCUCUUGUCACAAUCCGGUCUGCCUUGUGAUGGAAUAUGCUGAAGGGGGGUCAUUGUACAACGUGCUGCAUGGUGCUGAACCCCUCCCCUAUUACACUGCCUCCCAUGCCAUGAGCUGGUGUUUUCAGUGUUCCCAGGGCGUGGCCUAUCUCCAUGGCAUGAAACCAAAGGCUCUCAUUCACAGGGACCUCAAGCCACCCAAUCUUCUUCUCGUGGCAGGCGGCACCGUGCUGAAGAUAUGCGACUUUGGAACAGCAUGUGACAUUCAGACCCACAUGACCAACAACAAAGGAAGUGCAGCGUGGAUGGCCCCGGAGGUAUUCGAAGGCAGCAAUUACAGUGAGAAGUGUGAUGUGUUCAGCUGGGGGAUCAUUCUCUGGGAGGUGAUCACUCGCAGGAAGCCCUUUGAUGAAAUUGGAGGACCAGCUUUCCGCAUCAUGUGGGCUGUGCACAACGGGACAAGACCUCCUCUAAUCAAAAAUUUGCCCAAGCCCAUUGAGAGUCUGAUGACUCGCUGCUGGUCCAAAGACCCCUCUCAGAGGCCUUCCAUGGAGGAGAUAGUGAAGAUCAUGACUCACCUAAUGAAGUACUUCAAAGGAUCUGAUGAACCCCUGCAGUAUCCGUACCCGUAUUCAGAUGAUGGACAGAGCAACUCUGCAACAAGUACAGAAACAGGUUCAUACGUGGAGUACACCGCCACCAGCACGAGCAACAAAAGUGAAGUGAACAUGGAGCGCAGUGAUUCUCAAGGAAGCAAUGACACCAUCAAGAUAACGCCUCAGUUUGCUCCUCACUUCAAGCCGAAGGGAGACCCGCUGAGGACUCUGCCUCUGUCCAGGGGGAGCAGCGUUGAGAGUCUGCCUUCACGGACUCAGUGCCUGGCGUCAUCUGACAGCAAAAGAAUGAGUGCUGAUCUUUCAGAGCUGGAGCCUAAGAUGCCGUUUGCACCUUCAGCAAAUCCCGUGUUUAAACGAGGCCACCGUAAAACAGCAUCAUACGGCACCAUUCUGGACGUUCCCAAGAUCGUCGUCACAGCAGCGUGUGAUCCUCAGAGACGCCGGUCUGUGCAGGAUCUGCCCGGCAUCGGCACAGAGUCCAGCCAUGGGAGCAGAAACAGCAGCCGGUCCUCCAGUCCCAGCAUGAGGAUGAUGCCCAGCGACAAGACGGGCAGCAGGAGUUACUUCUCCCCCGAUGACCCCACAGACACCAACGGCUCAGACAACUCAAUUCCCAUGGCUUAUCUGACCCUGGACCACCAGCUGCAGCCUCUCGCUCCCUGUCCAAACUCCAAAGAGUCCAUGGCGGUGUUCGAGCAGCACUGUAAGAUGGCCCAAGAAUACCUGAAGGUGCAAACCGAGAUCGCCCUGCUCAUCCAGAGGAAGAAGGAGCUGAUUGCUGAGCUGGACCAGGACGAGAAGGACCAGCAGAACACGUCCCGUCUGGUUCAGGAGCACAAGAAGCUGCUGGAGGAGAACAAGAGUCUGUCCACGUACUACCAGAAGUGCAAAAAACAGCUGGAGCUGAUCCGGGUGCAGCAACAGAAGAGACAGGGGACGUCCUGAUGAGACGGAGACAUUAGAACUCUUACCAUCACCCCCCUCUGUCCUCCCCCCCACCCCGGCUCUAUAACACUACCCCCCCCCCCUCCACACACACACACACACACACACACACACACACACACACACACACACACACACACACACACACACACACACACACACACACACACACACACACUCUUUGACCCAGCUUUGUAAAGAGACCUGCACUCUACUGUGUCCUGCAUGUCCCACCGUAGACCCUCACGUCUGUCCUGCAGGAAGACGAUGUCCUCUGAACAUUUGCACAUUGUCACAUUGACCGCAGACCAAACAAUCAGUGCACCCCCCCUCCUCAUUACCCCGGACCCUGCUGCUGUGCCCCAGGACGGACCCUCGAGCAAUGAGUGUGUGAUUUCUUCAGUUAGCUCAGUGUGUGUCUUCUCCUCGGCUCUCACACACACACGCACACACACACACACACACACACACACCGUCCUCCAGAAUGUGAAAAAAGGCGUCUCAGCGAACAGUGUGAAUUUUGUGCAGACUUCUGAGAGCAGUGAGGAUGUCGGAAACGUUUUCUAAAGCGUGUGUGAGGAGUACCCGAUAUGCAAAACAAAGACACACCCCCUUGAAUUGACAUAUUUAUCUCCAACUUUGUUGUUUUUUUUUUUAAUUGUGAGCAUGAGACGCGUUUCUUUCAGGUGUUCGAUAAACUCAGUUCAGGCAGGGAUGUACUUUGUGUCGGACAUCGGAGAAAAGAGAACAACUCGGGGUUUGAGUAAACCAGGAUGCAGCGUUAGAGUGGAACUCCUGAGAUUUUAAACCCUGGGCCCUUUCUUGACUUAUCACAGGGUCUAAAUGACUUUUACUCUCAAAAACAUUAUUGAAUUUCUCCAGUCUGUUGCCGUGACGGUCUGUAAUGACUGCGACCUAACCUUUGUGGUGAAAUGCCUCAGGUUAAGUCCACUAUAAGUUCUUGUUCUGGUCCCUGACAGGCUCAGAUUGUGAAAGGAUCCCCACAGAGACAGACCUUUUUUCUUACAGAGGAAAGAGAUUUCUUAAAACAGAAAACAGAAAUUCUCGUUGGGGUGGCCAAACUGAGGCACUGACUUCUGCAGGGGUUGCCAACACACAGAUUAAUAUCAAUGAUUUACCCUUUCUAAUCUCAACAAUCAUAUUCAUACAAAAGAUAAUAAUUUAUUAAUGACACAAAACAAGACAAGUGUUCAAAUCCACUAUUUAAAGUAGUUUAAAAAUGCAUGGAAAGCUCCUGCACACUGUCUAACUUUAAAAAAUACAUGAACUGGCAACGUGUUGCCCCAAACAAAUAGCCAAUCACAGUUAAGGAUUUUUGGGGUGGCAAAUCAGAUUUCAAGGUUGUCUCAUGCCACUCCUCUGGAUACGCCCCUCUCUGUGUUUUGUUGAAUCGAUAUCGGAGCAUAUUGAUCAGCAUGGACUUGAUAUUGAAUUGAAUCAUGACCCUAAGAAUCACAUUUAUUUGUGAGGUUCUGGAAAAAGUCCCAGCUUAAGUGGAGAGGAUCAUGUCGCAGCCAUCACAGCCUGUUGUAGGACUGCUGGCUGGAGCAGUUCCAAACUUUUAUGUCCCUUUUAGUCAUUUAGACCCUGAAGAUGAGUCAAAAGACCCCAAAGAUGAGUAUUCUGCUCCUGUUGCUCUUCAAAAGAGAAACUGUGUUCCAGAGCGUUUGCAGAGGGCUGUGGAUUCCCUUUUAUUUUGACUCCAGUAUUGUUUUAGCGUGUCGAUGAUUUUUUUUUGUCUUUUCUAUUCUGUAGUUCUCUUUGUAUGAUAGCUCUGGUGUCAUUUCUGCAUUAGGACUUCUCUUCUCUGGUGUGGGUCCGCCCUCACGGACAUCAUGGAGGAGCCUGCAGCUCCAUGUUGGGUAUCUAUAGUUUGUUUUUAGUUCACAUGUUGCCUUAGGAGUUGCCUGCAUUUUAAGUGCGUGUUUUCUGUGACAUUUAGUGGGGAUAAAAGCUAAAAAGACAAAAAGAAGAUAUUUUUAAUGUUGAAUGAACUUCUCUUGAGGGGAGCGGGAAGGAUGUAUGCUGAAAAUGUAAAUGUUUUCCCACCAGCUCUACAUCCAAAAUGUACUCUGAAAGAAGGAUUGGAUGUCAUGUUUAUUUUUCUCUCUCUCGCUCUCAUAUCCCUCGAGUAUUUUUGCACAAUCACUUUAGUUUCGUCUGGUUCAUGUUUCAGAUUUAAUUUCUUUAAUUUUAGUAAUUGUGUUUUUAAAAGUUCAAAGACUUAACGAGUCUGGCUUUUAAAUCUGUUACUGUACAGGAGUGACUCAGCGGUUCUCCUCAUGAGUUUGUGUUGACAAAGAGUCAACACAAACACACAGACACACAAAUGCUGUUUAUGAGUGUUUCCUCAGUGAAAGGGAACCCAGGUAGGCCUACAGUAUAUGACAGUGAGCAAGGCAUUAUGAAAUAAACUGAAUGGUGAAAAGA